AUGGUUGAGAUGCCUAGGGCGGAGUUCGAGCAGCACGUGGGCGAGCACUACAGCCACAAGUGCACGCUGUGCGACUUCUCCGACAAGGACGUGGAGCGGCUGCGCGCGCACCUCAGGGACGAGCACGACCAGUACCUCAUGUCGCCCGAGGGCAGCGGCGACGGCGACGGCGCCAUGGAGGCGGACGACGACGAGCCCGGGGUGCGCGUGCCGCGCGUCAACUCCCAGGGCAAGGUGAAGACCUUCCGCUGCAAGCAGUGCGCCUUCGUGUCCGUCACCAAGGUGGACUUCUGGGAGCACUCGCGCAGCCACAUCAAGGCCGACAAGCUGCUCACCUGCCCCAAGUGCCCCUUCGUCACCGAGUACAAGCACCACCUCGAGUACCACCUGCGCAACCACUUCAACUCCAAGCCCUUCAAGUGCAGCCAGUGCGCCUACUCGUGCGUCAACAAGUCCAUGCUCAACUCGCACCUCAAGUCGCACUCGGACGUGUACCAGUACCGCUGCGCCGACUGCAGCUACGCCACCAAGUACUGCCACAGCCUGAAGCUGCACCUCAGGAAGUACUCGCACCAGCCGGCCAUGGUGCUGAACCCGGACGGCACGCCCAACCCGGAGCCCAUCAUAGACGUGUACGGCACGCGGCGCGGGCCCAAGCAGCGGGGGCGCGGCGCGGACAAGCAGGCGGAGGCCGUGUUCCCGCCGGCGCCGUGCCUGCCCGUCUUCCCGCAGCACUACGGCGCGAUGCCCUCGGCCUUCGCGUACGGCGGCGUCUUCCUCGCCGGCGGCGCGGGGCUGCCCGUCGUGCCAGGCCUGCAGGAGGACGCGCCGGUCGCCUGCCUCGACAAGAUGCUGCUCACGCACUUCAACAACAACAACAACAACAACAACAACAACAACGCCGACGAGCUGGAGAGACACGAGGCGCGGCAGGAGCCCGACAAGCAGCCGGGGGCGCCGCUCGACCUCAGCAUGUCCGUGGCUGUGGCGCCCGGGCCCCCCGCGUGCGCCCCGAACAACCACACCACCUCGCCCAAGAGCCGGCGCAAGGGCAAGGCCUUCAAGCUGGAGCGCAUCGCCAUGAAGCUGCAGCACCGGCGGCAGUCUGACGACGAGGACUCCGCGCCGCGGAGCGCCGGCGGCUGUGACGUCCGCGCCGACACCACGUCCAGCCCGCAGCAGGAGGAGCAGCAGCAGCCCGCCCCGGAGAGCGCCGAGACGUACGACUGCUCGUACUGCGACAUAACGUUCAAGGACGUCGUCAUGUACACGGUGCACAUGGGCUACCACGGCUACCGGGACCCCUUCAAGUGCAACAUGUGCGGCCAGCAGACCGCCGACAAGGUGGCCUUCUUCCUGCACAUCGCUCGCUCGUCACACUCCUAGCCAGCACUCCGCCCGCCCGCCGUUGGCAUUCGUCCGUGCGACGAAGCUACGUCGCCUGUUGUUUUUUUUUUUUUUUUUUUUUUUUACCGUGCUGUACACAUGACGGCAGUGGAUUGUACUGCGAACCUUUUUUUUAAAAUAUAUUUUUCUAGUCACUGAAAUACGUUUUAGAACAUUAUUGUAUCGAGUUGAAUAAUAUAGUUGUAUGUGUAAAGUAUUACCUGAUAUUACAAUUUUUUUUAAGGAGAGUGCAAUCAAUUUAGACUG